AUGACCUCCUGGCACAACCUCUCCUUGUGUCUCCCGCAGUUCUGCAGUUGGGAAGAGACGGUAAACGCAUCGCGGUUCGGAGACCUCCCGCCCCUGGGCUACUACCCCGUCCCCCUCCUCACCACCAUCACGGUGGCGUGUUCGGUUCUGUUUGUGGUGGGCGUCACGGGGAACGUCAUGACCAUCCUGGUGGUCAGCAAGUACCGGGACAUGCGCACCACCACCAACCUGUACCUGUGCAGCAUGGCUGUGUCCGACCUCUUCAUCUUCGUCUGCAUGCCUCUGGACCUGUACCGCAUGUGGCGGUACCGGCCCUGGCCCUUCGGGGACGCUCUGUGCAAGCUGUUCCAGUUCGUGUCCGAGUCGUGUACCUACUCCACCAUCCUGAGCAUCACAGCGCUGUCCGUGGAGCGCUACGUGGCCAUAUGUUUCCCGCUGCGCGCAAAGGCGCUGGUGACCAAAAGACGCGUGCGUGGACUCAUCCUCCUGCUGUGGACGGUGUCCCUGCUGAGCGCGGGCCCCGUGUUCGUCAUGGUGGGAGUGGAGCGGGACAGCAUGUCCAACUUCAGCCUGCAGUGGAACGAGAGCGCCUUCUCUCUGGAGGAAGGCGACACCCGCGAGUGUAAGAUGACGCACUACGCGGUGGAGUCGGGGCUGAUGGAGGCCAUGGUCUGGCUCAGCUCGGUCUUCUUCUUCAUGCCCGUGUUCUGUCUCACGGUGCUCUACAGCCUCAUCGGCCGACGCCUCUGGCAGAGACACGUGGAGACUCACAUCAGCUCGUGCGCGGCGCAUCGGGACAAGAGCAACCGGCAAACCGUGAAGAUGCUGGUGGUGGUGGUCCUGGCCUUCGUCCUGUGCUGGCUGCCGUUCCACAUGGGUCGCUACCUCCAGUUCCGCUCUCUGGACGCCCCCUCCCCUCUGCUGUCCGUCCUGUCCGAGUACUGCAGCUUCGUGUCCGUGGUCCUCUUCUACCUAAGCGCCGCCAUCAACCCCAUCCUGUACAACACCAUGUCGUGGAAGUACCGCAGCGCCGCGGCUCGCCUCUUCGGCCUGAGUGACGGUCAGCCGGCCAGAGUCCGCACAGCCAGCACCAACGGCUGGACCGAGUCGAACAUCAGCUUCUGAACCAGUCUCACCCAGGAAGUGACCCAACAUAGACACACGUGAUUGUUGCCUUACACUCAUCUGGAUGACAAAUUAAGCACUGUAGAUCGUCCGGCAGCCUCCGCUCCUCCUGAGUUGAGGCGCAGCUGCUGUGUG